AUGUCGUCUAUAGAGUCGGAUCUUGCGAAGUUUUCCACUUGUGAUAUAUCUGAUGGACUUCUGAACAAAUAUGGCGAUCCUUCGGGUGGCUUUCUGCCAAAUCUUUGUAAAUGGUCAGAUUCUGGGAAGGGUGUCCUCUUAGGGCGUGCUUACACUGUGUUGUUCGCACCAGUGGACGACCCAAGGCCCGAGAUCAAUUACGUCGACAAUAUAGCUGCAGGCAGUGUCGUGGUAAUCGCUCUUACAAUUCCUCUGCAGCUGGAAACCGCACCUUAUACUAGAGUCUCACAGGCUUUAUAUGGUGGUUUGAUGUCCCGCAGGGCUCAGUACCAAGGAGCAAAGGGCACUGUUGUUUUUGGUCGAAUUAGAGACGUUGAAGAGCAAAAGGCGCUUAGCUAUCCGGUUUACAGUUAUGCCCUGGGCACCUGCGCAAGCAAAUUGGCUGUCAAGCCAGUGGAGGUGCAGGUUCCUCUGCAAAUCUUGGAAUGUGAAUCUAAAGUACAAAAUAUACAUCCUGGCGACUACAUCUUUGGUGACAACAAUGGAGUCGUUCGUAUUCCUUGCGCAAGCGUCGAUAUGCAUGAGCUCAUCUAUUACAUCAAGAAAUCAAUUGAGGCUGACAAUUUGGUAGUUCAAGAUGUCGAAGCCGGCAAGCCUUUGAAAGCUUCGCAGAAAGAUCGUAGACAGGUGCUCAAGCCGCUGUUGUAA